UGAUGGAACUGUAAACCGCCAUAUUGUAAACUCUUCUAAUACGCUACAAAUUUGGAGACCAAAUAGACAAAAAUGGAUAUGGUGAUGGAGCAGAUGGAAGAGACGAAGAAUGUGAUGUGUCUCUUAACUGACCCAGAGGGGACUCCUUUAGGGUCCCCUAUGUACAUCCCCCAAAACACCGUUCCUCAACAGCUUCAAGAACUCGUUAAUAAGCUUCUCAACAAUGAAGAGAAGUUGCCGUAUUCUUUCUAUAUAUCAGAUGAAGAACUUCUUGUGUCAUUGGGAACUUACUUAGAGAAAAACAAAGUUUCUGUGGAGAAGGUGCUCCCAAUAGUUUAUCAGCCACAAGCUAUUUUCCGAAUUAGACCUGUCAAUCGAUGUUCAGCAACAAUUGCGGGUCACUCGGAAGCUGUACUUUCAGUUGCCUUCAGUCCUGACGGGCGGCAGCUGGCAAGUGGCUCUGGUGAUACCACUGUCCGACUAUGGGACCUUAAUACCCAGACACCUAUGUUUACUUGUACAGGGCACAAGAAUUGGGUUCUUUCUAUUGCAUGGUCACCUGAUGCUAAGCAUCUUGUGAGUGGCAGCAAGGGUGGAGAACUUCAAUGUUGGGACCCACAGACAGGGAAGGCAUCAGGCAAUCCAUUUACUGGCCACAAAAAAUGGAUUACUGGUAUCUCAUGGGAACCACUUCACCUGAAUGCACCUUGCCGUCGCUUUGUAAGUUCUAGCAAAGAUGGUGAUGCGCGGAUAUGGGACAUUGCACUAAGGAAAUGUGUCAUUUGCCUUAGUGGUCACACACUCGCUGUAACCUGUGUGAAAUGGGGUGGCGAUGGAGUGAUAUAUACAGGCUCCCAGGAUUGUACAAUAAAAGUCUGGGAAACUAAACAAGGGAAGCUAAUUCGUGAAUUGAAGGGUCAUGGGCACUGGGUUAAUUCCCUUGCAUUAAGCACUGAAUAUGUUCUUCGAACUGGGGCUUUUGACCACACCAGUAAACACUAUUCAUCACCGGAGGAAAUGAAGAAGGUUGCCCUUGAACGUUAUAACAAAAUGAAAGGGAACGCCCCUGAAAGAUUAGUUUCAGGAUCUGAUGAUUUCACCAUGUUCCUCUGGGAACCUGCUGUCAACAAACACCCCAAGACUCGUAUGACAGGUCACCAACAGCUUGUAAACCACGUAUAUUUUUCACCGGAUGGGCAAUGGGUAGCCAGUGCCUCAUUUGAUAGGUCAGUCAAGCUAUGGAAUGGUCUUACAGGGAAAUUUGUUGCUGCUUUCCGCGGUCAUGUUGGGCCUGUUUAUCAAAUUAGCUGGUCUGCUGACAGUAGGCUGCUUUUAAGCGGGAGCAAAGAUUCCACGCUAAAGGUUUGGGACAUUCGAACAAAGAAGCUGAAACAAGAUCUUCCUGGCCAUGCGGAUGAGGUCUAUGCUGUUGAUUGGAGUCCAGAUGGUGAGAAGGUCGCGUCUGGAGGCAAAGACAGAGUAUUGAAGCUGUGGAUGGGCUAAAGAUUGUCAAGGGAGAAGAUGAAAGUUAUUUGCGUCCUGCACUUAAACUGGUAUGGCAAUUUCUUGUCCCAACAGCAAAAUCUUUGCUCAUCUACAAAGUAAUAUACCAACAUGCGUGAGAAUCACAGUAUUGAGAUGAUACAGAAUUAAACUCGAGAGGCUGGAUCCUUGAGAAGGCCGUGUUUGAUUUAGAAGUUA